AUGUCCGAACCAAAAACAGCAACUCACAGACGUAUUGGUGGAUUGAACUCCAGAACCAAAUCGGUUUCAGUAUUCAAUGUCCAAUUCGAAGGUGGUCCUCAAUUGAAAACAACUCAACAAAAGAGUUAUUCAAUUCCAGCAAAGAAACCAGAGGAUUUUACAUCAAAGUUAAAGGCACGAACAGCAGGUGAACCAGUUUUUAUGGCACCGGAUGGAACUUUCUACGAUAUCAAUUAUGUUCAGGCAUUCAAAUACAAACAGCCAGAGAAGCAGCCAAAUGGAAACAGUCAUCAAAAUGGAAAUCAACUACUGGAGGAAGACGACGAGGAAGAGUCAUUGGAAGACCAACUUCUCCAUCUCUACAACAGUAUUCCACAGAUCGAUGAAUUCGAGAAUUUCUUUGAGUACGAGCAGGCUUUCCUCAGCUGGCGUUUCGCCAUCGAGACGUUGUUUGCCGAUAUUAGACUGCCGAUGAUAUCGGGACGUGCUUUGUAUCGUCCAAAGGUGAGUGACUACCAAAAGGUACGUGACACAUCCACCUUUGACUACCGUCCAUCGAUGUCGUCCUUCUCGAACGAGGGUGACUCUGACGAGAAGAGCGAUCCACUCAACAGCGAGAUCGAAGACGACAUCAACGGGCUGACCGAUUCACUCGACUACGAUAACAUCAAUCUCAAAGACCUGGAGAAUUCCAACGAUCCAUGGGAUACUCAUCUCUAUCCAGAGGAACCGGAACCAGCUGAUUACGAUACAUUCGAAGAGUAUAAUGAAGCAUUGUUGAGAUGGGCAUCGGUUUGUGUUACAUCACCAUUCUUCCCUCCACAUCCAGCACAACUAAAGGAUCUCAUUCCAAUUCAAUCGAUCACUGAAAGAUCUUCAAAUCUUGUAGAUGAACAAUCUGGAAACAUGAAUGAAAGUGGAAAGAACGAUCAACUUUCAAAACAAACCAUUCCAAUUAAAUCUGGUAUUAAAGAAUAUAACUUUAUUGAUGAUUCAAGAUUCUUGAAACAAUCAAAACAAGUUUAUCAUUAUACAGAUUUAGUAUUCAGUAAGGAUCCAAUUUAUAAUUCGCUGAAUGAAACUACCAAGAAGAGUAUUAGAUUGAAUUUGAGUACUAUCACUCUGAAGAUUUUCACUGGAACAAUCAAUCCACAGAUCUUCUAUCACAAGUCACCACAGCCAAUGCCAAAGAUCCACGGUACUCUACCGCAACCGAGAACCUCGUUGUUAAAACCAACCAAGGAGUUCAAGAAUCCACAUUUACGUCGUACCGAUUUGACACCGGACCAGCUCAAAGCAUGCCAAGACUCACCCGCUAAAGUUGGUGGACAAACCGUUCAGUUCAACAUACCGGGACACGACAUUGUUUUUGACCACGCGCGUCUUGCCAACGACCACACUCAACAAUAUGCCUCGGAGUUGGCGUUGAAGUUGAAGACAUUCAUCUCGACCGGUCGUCUCAACCAUUUGUGCUCGUGGUACUACCCGAUGGUGUCGCAAUCCACUCACCAGAAACACCGUGACGACAUCGACUUGAUUAUCACCUCGCAGCACCGUCUCACUCGUGAUACACUCACCAUUGAAUCGAUCUCAGAGAUUCUCAACGUCGGAAUGUACUACGAUAAGUUCUCCGACUUGAUCGACGCCUCCUACUCUGAGGAUUUCGACGGCGCCAAGACCUACGCCAAUAUCAUCACCAAGUGUAUCACCAGUGAGAAUGUCGGACUGCUUUUGAACCAGUUGGAGAACACCAAGAGCCAGUUGUAUCACGCCAAGAUGUCGGCACUGGUUCUCACCAUGUUUGCAAGCAACCAGGGUGCACCGAUUCUUUCACACCUCAUUGCGACCAACGAUGUCCGUAACCUCUCACUCUUUGCCUACACCAUCGACUAUCUCUCUGAGUUGCCAGCCGAUCUCUUCCCAUGGAGCGAUGAAACCUACACCAUUAUCCGUUCAACGCUAGGUGACUCACUUGAAUCGAUCUUCAAACUCACCUUUAGUUACUACUACCUCAACAUCAUCGGUAAGGUUUUGGAUCUUCAUGUACAUUUAUAUUUUGCCAAAUCGAUCAUCAAUCAAUCCAAAGUAUCAAUUUCACAUAGUUUGGCAAAUUUGUUACAAAACAAUACACCAAAUAUUUUGGAUAAAUUGUUCAUUGGUAUUAAACAUAGAAGUACAACGGUAUCAUCGUUUUGUUUGUUUGUUUUGUUGCAGUUGAUGAAUAACAAUGAGGGUAUGGCAAUUCACAACUGUUUGAAGUCAGAGUCUGCAUUCUUCUUUGACCGUAUCAAGCGUGUUUGUGAUACACGUAUGAAGCAUGUGCAGUUCGCAGCACGUCGUCUCUACUCUGUGCUCACCAAGACACAGUGGAUCGACUUUGUCUAUAAGGAGUACACCAAGGAUCCAGAGACAGCGGUGCGUGACUUUAUCGGCACCGAAGAACACCGUCCAAGUAGCCUGCUUCUCGAGCUAACACUCGACUUUUUCCAGAUGGCAAUUCGUGCGACCAUCGAUGCCACCAACGCAUCGCUGCCCAUCUCAAACACCGCCGUCAACAUUGCGACAUCGCCAUCGACACCCACUGUCACCUCACCGAUUGGAUCGCCAAGCAUCGCCUCGUCGCCAGCUGCAUCUCUCACACUUGGCAUUCGUAACAAAUUCCUCUUUGUGCUGGACGGCAUGCUCUUCCACACUCUCUUCCACUUUAUCAUCAAGAAUCCACGUUUGAUUACCGUGCAAACCUCUACGAUCACUCAGAUGCUCGCUCAACUCGCGCAUAUCCACUGCAAGCUUGGCACCGUCCAAACAAGCCAGGAAGUCAAACCAAUGCAAAAGCGUUGGGGACAAUCGCAACUCUCAUUGUCACCGAUCGACAUCCGUAAUCUCUCCAGUAGAAUCAACGAUUUCUCGCAACCGUCCAAUCCAAACUCCUUUGUGAUUCGUACGAAUCUCGUGCGUUGCAUCCGUCAUCUCUUCAAGAUCUCGGCGGUCUACGAGAUCAUCCGUAAGGAGGAAGACUUCUACACUCGUCUUCUCGGUUACUGUCGUGACGGUACUUCCGCCGAGUUCAACCGCGAAGCCUGGAAACUGUUGUACCAGAUGACAAAGAAUCACGGUGGUACUCUCGAGACGCUCUCCAAAGACAACAUCCUACAGAGUUUCAUGGAGUUGGUCGGUACUUCGUCGCACUCCACCGUUAUCACCAACGGACUGCACUACAUCACCAAGAUGUUCAAUAUCAACUCGAACAACACCAAAGCCGGCGUUAUUCGUUCCAAGACCGAUGUCAAGGUGGUCGAGAAAGACCUGAAAGCAUUGAACAGUUUGUUCACAUCGAAGCGUCUCUUUAUCAAGAUUCACAUGAUCUACAAGAAGUACAUCGGUGCACAGCCAGGUUUGGCAUUCGUCGAGUUGGCUCGUUUCUACAACACCAUGUACACCUCACCGAACUGCGCCAAGCUCCUAAAGGACACCAUCAAGAAGAUGGAAUACAAAGAGGGUCUCGAGAAGAUUGGAUCGAUGUUUGAUCCAUCGAUGCCAGCACUCCAAGCCGAUUCGCCACUGCUCAUGUCGUCGCCAUCGUCGUCGUCAUCGCCAUCACAACCCAACUCAUUCAUCUCUGGAUUCUCCUCGGGUCAAUCGUUCAAAGACGACAACAAACCACCCACAAAAUCAGAGUCAUCACUCUCCACCUCCAAGACUCUCUCUUCCUUCAAAUCAAUGUUAUCAUUUAGAAAGAAAGAUAGUGAUAAAAGUGAUAAAUAUUUAGAUAAUAUUAAGAAUAUAAAUUGA